AUGGGCUGGGGACACGAAUGCCGGCCGCACCCUGCUGGAAAGGAGGUGGGUUUUACAAAUUGGCGUCAGCCCCUGCCCCGAGAUGUUUUGCACAACUGCCACUCCGCGGGGUUGGGCGACUUGCACCGCCGACCGUCGAGCUCUUGGGGCCUGUCCCCUGCGUGCGUGCGUGCGUGUGACCGGCACUUGCUCCUUGGCGCCGGUGCUUCAAGGACCGUAAAUUGGGCUGUGGGAAUGAUGCGACGGGUUUCUGUCUUUUUGCUCGGCCGUGUGCUAACACCGGAGGUACAGACUGCGCUUCAUCUGCUGUGCCCGGAACUCGCGUUGCACACGAUUCACGGUGUGUGA